AUGAAGGACGUGCGAGAGGACGUAGCGACAAAUGGUCAUGGCACGCAAUUUGGUAGUGACGGGAACAGCCACGGCGAGAGUGGAAGAUUGCUGGUUUUUGGCGGGAAAGCGCUGCAUCACAUAAAUUUCAAUAGACCACGCAAAAAAUUGGUCCAAUUCAACGAUGAAAAAGGAGUGUCUAAAGUUAGAAUUAGAUUUAGCGGAAGCUAUAAAGAUCCUCCAUCAUUUGGUAGCUCAUUUACAUCUUGCAAUGCAGAACUCUCCACUAAUUUUGUAUCAGAAGAAUCAACAGACCCUGAUAGAAAAUUUACCAAUGCUAAAGUAUAUCUAAAAGUAAAUGUC